ACCACCCCAUCACACGCACAGAUCCAGACACCCCCCACCCCCGACUGGUAGUAUCGGAAGAUCCCAGCAGACUCCAUGGCAGGGAUGGGGUGCUGCUGCUGCUGCUGCUGAGAGCGCCUCCAUCUCCCCCUCCUCCCUUUCCUCACACGCCCUCCUCCUGGCGCGCCAGAGAGCCUGGGUGUCUCCUUCUCCCUCGCCCCUCUGCGCUCUGCCUCCACCGCCGCCCCAACUCACUGGAUACUACCCAGCUGCCGGGAUCGCUGCGAGUCUCCUUCUCCCCAAGCCCAGCCAUGAACCCCGCCGAAGGGACAGCGGAGGAAGGGGCAGUGCCCGAUUCCGAGGUGGACGCCUUUUUCCGAACAGGGUCUUUCAGAAAUGAUGGCUUAAAAGCUUCUGAUGUCCUUCCCAUACUAAAGGAGAAAGUGGCCUUCGUGUCAGGUGGCCGCGAUAAACGAGGAGGACCCAUCUUGACAUUUCCAGCACGCAGCAAUCACGAUAGAAUAAGACAAGAAGACCUUCGAAAACUUGUGACUUACUUGGCUAGUGUGCCGAGUGAAGAUGUCUGCAAACGAGGGUUCACAGUCAUCAUCGAUAUGAGGGGCUCGAAAUGGGACCUGAUCAAGCCUCUCCUGAAGACCCUACAGGAAGCAUUCCCUGCAGAAAUUCACGUUGCCCUGAUAAUCAAGCCCGAUAACUUCUGGCAGAAGCAGAAGACAAAUUUUGGAAGUUCCAAAUUUAUCUUUGAGACGAGUAUGGUCUCAGUUGAAGGCCUAGCAAAGCUGGUUGAUCCCUCCCAGCUAACAGAGGAGUUUGAAGGAUCCUUGGAUUACAAUCAUGAUGAAUGGAUAGAGUUGAGGGUCUCCUUGGAAGAGUUCUUCAAUAGUGCCAUCCAUUUGUUGUCUCGGCUAGAGGACCUUCAGGAAAUGUUGGCUAGGAAAGAAUUUCCAGUGGAUGUUGAAGGCUCAAGAAGACUGAUAGAUGAACACACACAGCUAAAGAAGAAAGUACUCAAAGCUCCAGUGGAGGAAUUGGACCGUGAGGGUCAGAGGUUAUUGCAGUGCAUAAGGUGCAGUGACGGUUUUUCUGGAAGGAACUGCAUUCCUGGCAGUGCAGACUUCCAAAGUCUUGUGCCAAAGAUCACCAGUCUUUUGGACAAACUGCAUUCGACCCGGCAACACUUGCACCAGAUGUGGCAUGUCCGCAAACUGAAACUGGACCAGUGCUUUCAACUUCGGCUUUUUGAGCAAGAUGCAGAAAAGAUGUUUGAUUGGAUCAGCCACAACAAAGAAUUGUUCCUGCAGAGUCACACUGAAAUUGGAGUGAGCUACCAACAUGCGCUUGAUUUACAAACACAGCACAACCACUUUGCUAUGAAUUCCAUGAAUGCCUAUGUGAACAUCAAUCGCAUCAUGUCAGUCGCAUCUAGACUUUCAGAGGCCGGUCAUUAUGCAUCUCAACAAAUUAAGCAGAUCUCUACCCAGCUAGAUCAAGAGUGGAAGAGCUUUGCUGCAGCACUGGAUGAGCGCAGCACUAUACUGGCCAUGUCUGCUGUGUUCCAUCAGAAGGCUGAACAGUUCCUCUCUGGAGUGGAUGCCUGGUGCAAAAUGUGCAGUGAAGGAGGCCUCCCAUCAGAAAUGCAAGAUCUGGAACUGGCCAUCCAUCAUCAUCAGUCCCUGUAUGAGCAGGUCACCCAGGCCUACACGGAGGUAAGCCAGGAUGGAAAGGCUUUGCUGGAUGUCCUGCAGCGUCCCUUGAGCCCUGGGAACUCUGAAUCGCUCACUGCCACAGCUAAUUAUUCCAAGGCUGUUCAUCAGGUUUUGGAUGUAGUCCAUGAAGUCUUGCAUCACCAGCGUCGUUUGGAAAGCAUCUGGCAGCAUAGGAAGGUCCGGUUACAUCAGAGGCUUCAGCUUUGUGUUUUCCAGCAAGAUGUUCAGCAGGUGUUGGACUGGAUUGAAAAUCAUGGGGAAGCCUUUCUCAGCAAACACACUGGAGUGGGAAAGUCCCUUCACAGGGCACGAGCUCUUCAGAAAAGACACGAUGACUUUGAGGAAGUAGCACAGAAUACCUAUACUAAUGCCGACAAGCUACUGGAAGCUGCGGAGCAGUUGGCUCAAACUGGGGAGUGUGACCCUGAAGAGAUCUAUAAAGCGGCAAGACAUCUUGAGGUGCGGAUCCAGGACUUUGUCAGAAGAGUAGAACAGAGAAAACUUCUUUUAGACAUGUCUGUCUCCUUUCACACUCAUACUAAAGAGCUGUGGACAUGGAUGGAAGAUCUGCAGAAGGAGCUCUUGGAAGAUGUCUGUGCAGACUCUGUGGAUGCUGUCCAGGAACUCAUUAAGCAGUUCCAGCAACAGCAGACGGCUACCUUAGACGCAACCCUCAAUGUCAUCAAGGAAGGUGAAGACCUAAUCCAGCAACUCAGGGAUUCAGCUGUCUCUAACAAUAAAACGCCGCACAAUAGCUCCAUCAGCCACAUCGAAUCCGUCCUGCAACAGCUUGAUGAAGCCCAAGUACAGAUGGAAGAACUCUUCCAUGAGAGAAAGAUUAAAUUAGACAUCUUUCUUCAGCUUCGAAUCUUUGAACAGUAUACCAUUGAGGUGACAGCUGAGUUAGAUGCCUGGAACGAGGACUUACUAAGGCAAAUGAAUGAUUUCAAUACUGAGGACUUGACUCUGGCAGAGCAGCGUCUGCAGCGACACACUGAACGGAAGCUGGCUAUGAACAACAUGACCUUUGAGGUCAUCCAGCAAGGACAGGAUUUGCACCAGUAUAUCAUGGAAGUCCAAGCCUCAGGCAUUGAACUGAUCUGUGAAAAGGACAUUGAUUUAGCGACACAAGUGCAAGAGCUACUGGAGUUUCUUCAUGAGAAGCAGCAUGAGCUGGAGCUAAAUGCUGAUCAGACGCACAAGCGGCUAGAACAGUGCCUUCAGCUCCGACAUCUGCAGGCAGAAGUCAAACAGGUGCUUGGCUGGAUUCGGAAUGGAGAGUCAAUGCUCAACGCCAGCCUUGUCAAUGCAAGUUCCCUGUCAGAAGCUGAGCAGCUCCAGAGAGAGCAUGAGCAGUUCCAACUGGCUAUAGAGUCCCUCUUUCAUGCCACUUCCUUGCAGAAGACACACCAGAGUGCCCUCCAGGUGCAGCAGAAAGCUGAGGUGCUGCUACAGGCUGGGCAUUAUGAUGCUGACGCCAUCAGAGAAUGCGCAGAAAAGGUGGCAAUGCACUGGCAGCAGCUCAUGCUGAAGAUGGAGGACAGGCUGAAGCUGGUUAAUGCAUCCGUUGCUUUUUAUAAAACAUCAGAACAGGUUUGCAGUGUGCUGGAGAGUUUGGAGCAAGAGUACCGAAGAGAUGAAGAUUGGUGCGGAGGCCGGGAUAAGCUUGGGCCAGCAUCUGAGAUAGAUCACGUCAUCCCCUUAAUCAGCAAACAUUUGGAACAGAAGGAAGCCUUUCUCAAGGCCUGCACUCUAGCACGAAGGAAUGCCGAAGUGUUUCUCAAGUACAUUCAUCGAAACAAUGUCAGCAUGCCAGGGGUGGUGAGCCAUACAAGGGGACCUGAGCAACAAGUUAAAGCUAUUCUGAGUGAGCUACUGCAGAGGGAAAACAGAGUUCUUCAUUUCUGGACGCUGAAAAAACGGAGACUAGAUCAGUGCCAGCAGUACGUGGUCUUUGAGCGCAGUGCUAAACAGGCCUUGGACUGGAUCCAAGAAUCGGGAGAGUAUUAUCUCUCUACUCAUAACUCCACAGGGGAAUCUGCAGAAGAAACUCAGGAACUUCUGAAAGAAUAUGUGGAAUUCAAAGUACCUGCCAAGCAAACCAAGGAGAAAGUGAAGCUUCUAAUUCAGCUGGCUGAUAGCUUCGUAGAGAAAGGACAUACGCAUGCCACUGAAAUUAGAAAAUGGGUUACCACUGUCGACAAAUGCUAUCGGGACUUCUCGUUGAGGAUGGGGAAAUAUCGCUACUCUUUGGAGAAAGCUCUUGGAAUCAAUACAGAGGAUAACAAGGAUCUGGAGUUGGACAUCAUUCCAGCAAGUCUGUCAGAUCGUGAGGUGAAGUUACGUGAUGCCAAUCAUGAGGCUAAUGAAGAAAAAAGGAAGUCAGCCAGAAAGAAAGAAUUCAUCAUGGCUGAACUGCUUCAGACUGAGAAGGCAUAUGUCAGGGAUUUACAUGAAUGUUUAGAGACGUACCUUUGGGAGAUGACAAGUGGAGUGGAGGAGAUACCCCCGGGGAUCCUUAACAGAGAGCACAUAAUUUUCGGCAACAUCCAGGAGAUUUAUGACUUUCAUAAUAACAUUUUUUUGAAAGAACUAGAAAAAUAUGAACAGCUCCCUGAAGACGUGGGCCACUGCUUUGUCACUUGGGCAGAUAAAUUUCAGAUGUAUGUCACCUACUGCAAAAACAAGCCCGAUUCCAGUCAGCUGAUCCUGGAGCAUGCCGGAACAUUCUUCGAUGAAAUUCAGCAAAGGCAUGGCCUGGCCAACUCUAUUUCCUCAUAUUUAAUCAAACCUGUCCAAAGAAUAACCAAGUACCAGCUUUUACUGAAGGAGCUUUUAACAUGCUGUGAAGAAGGGAAAGGAGAACUUAAAGAUGGUUUGGAAGUGAUGCUCAGUGUCCCCAAGAAAGCCAAUGAUGCCAUGCAUGUCAGCAUGCUGGAAGGGUUUGAUGAAAACUUGGAUGUUCAGGGAGAACUAAUCCUUCAGGAUUCCUUCCAAGUAUGGGAUCCCAAGUCUCUUAUCCGGAAGGGUCGUGACAGGCACUUGUUUCUCUUCGAAAUCUCUCUUGUCUUUAGCAAAGAGAUCAAAGAUUCUGCAGGACACACAAAAUAUGUUUACAAGAACAAAUUACUGACUUCAGAACUGGGAGUAACAGAGCACGUGGAAGGAGAUCCCUGCAAGUUUGCCUUAUGGUCUGGGCGGACUCCCUCCUCAGAUAACAAAACGGUGCUGAAAGCAUCCAAUAUUGAAACAAAACAAGAAUGGAUAAAAAACAUUCGAGAAGUGAUACAGGAAAGGAUUAUACACUUAAAGGGAGCUUUGAAAGAGCCAAUACAGCUCCCCAAGACUCCAUCAAAGCAGAGGAACAACAGCAAGAGAGAGGGAGGAGAAGACGCUGACAGUCAAGGAGAUGGAAGCAGUCAGCCCGACACAAUUUCAAUUGCAUCCCGAACUUCUCAGAAUACAGUGGACAGUGACAAGCUGUCUGGAGGAUGUGAAUUGACGGUGGUGCUGCAGGACUUCACCGCCAGCCAUAGCAGCGAACUGAGUAUCCAGGUGGGACAAACUGUGGAACUACUAGAAAGACCCAGUGAAAGGCCAGGCUGGUGCUUGGUCCGUACAACAGAGCGAAGUCCUCCUCUGGAAGGCCUGGUCCCCAGCAGCGCUCUCUGCAUCUCUCAUUCACGGAGCAGUGUGGAGAUGGACUGCUUCUUCCCUUCAGGAAAAGAUGGCUAUUCAGGCUCCUCUAAUGAAAAUGGAGGGAAGUCUGAAUCGGUGGCAAACCUACAGCCUCAGCCGUCCCUCAAUUCCAUCCAGAGCUCACCUGGUCCAAAGCGUUCAACCAACACUCUGAAAAAAUGGUUAACAAGCCCCGUCCGUCGGCUGAACAGUGGAAAAGCAGACAGUAACAUCAAAAAGCAAAAAAAAGUACGUGAAGGAAGGAAGAGUUUCGAUUUGGGAUCCCCCAAGCCUGGAGACGAGACUACACCUCAGGGAGACAGUGCCGAUGAGAAGAGCAAGAAAGGUUGGGGCGAAGAUGAACCAGACGAAGAAUCUCAUACUCCACUCCCUCCUCCUAUGAAGAUUUUUGAUAAUGAUCCCACACAAGAUGAAAUGUCCUCCUCUUUGCUAGCUGCUCGACAGAGCACCUCCGAUGUCCCCACUGCUGCGGAUCUUGUCAGUGCAAUAGAAAAACUGGUCAAAAGCAAGCUGACCUUAGAAGGAGGCUCCUACCGAGGAAGCUUAAAAGAUCCUACUGGAUGUUUGAAUGAAACUGUGACACCUUCAACUCCUCCCUCAAGAAACCUUGAAGAGGAACAAAAAGCCAAAGCUAUGCGAGGCAGAAUGUUUGUUUUAAAUGAACUAGUACAAACGGAGAAAGACUAUGUCAAAGACUUGGGAACUGUGGUGGAGGGAUUCAUGAAAAGAAUAGAAGAAAAAGGUGUCCCUGAAGAGAUGAAAGGGAAAGAUAAGAUCGUAUUUGGAAAUAUUCACCAGAUUUAUGAUUGGCACAAAGACUUUUUUCUAGCUGAACUGGAAAAGUGCCUUCAGGAGCAUGACCGGUUAGCACAGCUGUUCAUCAAGCAUGAGAGGAGAUUACACAUGUAUGUAGUAUACUGUCAAAACAAACCAAAAUCUGAAUAUAUAGUAGCGGAAUAUGGUCCAUAUUUUGAGGAAGUGCAACAAGAAAUAAACCAACGACUAAGUCUCAGCGACUUCUUAAUCAAACCCAUUCAGAGAAUAACCAAGUACCAGCUUCUGCUCAAGGACUUCCUAAAAUACAGUGAAAAAGCUGGACUGGAGUGUUCAGAGACAGAGAAAGCUGUGGAGUUAAUGUGCCUUGUUCCUAAACGUUGCAAUGACAUGAUGAACCUGGGCCGCCUUCAGGGCUUUGAGGGCAAGCUGGCGGCUCAAGGGAAGUUGCUGCAGCAGGAUACGUUCUAUGUCACGGAGCAGGAUUCUGGAGGGCUGUCUCGGCCAAAGGAACGCAGAGUUUUCCUCUUUGAGCAAAUGGUGAUCUUCAGUGAACUUCUUAGGAAAGGUUCUUUAACACCUGGGUACCUUUUCAAACGGUGUAUAAAGAUGACUUACCUAAUUCUCGAGGAGAAUGUGGACAGUGAUCCCUGCAAAUUUGCUCUGAUGAGCCGGGAAAUGUCAGAGAAGCUCAUCUUGCAGGCAGCCAAUCCUGAAAUCCAACAAGCUUGGGUGCAGGAUAUCAAUCAACUGUUGGACACACAAAGGGACUUCUUAAAUGCACUACAAUCACCUAUAGAGUAUCAGCGCAAAGAGAGCAGCACUUCUGCAGUAAUGAGACCCCAGACCAGCAGGGUACCUCAGCCCAUCACCAGGCCCUAUUCCUCAGGUCCAGUGGGGUCUGACAAACCUUUGAAGGCUACAAUGCGUAACCCAUCUCUGCCACCUCUGAAGAUAUCUACCUCCAAUGGCAGCACAGGGCACGAGCCGCACCAGCCUGGGGACAAAUAUGAACUAAGCAAGAAUGACUUGGGUGGGUGCAAUGGGACUUCUUCCAUGGUGGUCAUCAAAGAUUACUAUGCACUGAAAGAGAAUGAAAUCUGUGUCAACCAGGGUGAGGUGGUCCAAGUACUGGCCAUUAACCAGCAGAACAUGUUCCUUGUGUAUCAGCCUGCCAAUGACCAUUCACCAGCAGCAGAAGGAUGGAUCCCAGGGAAUAUCUUGGCUCCCCUCACUAAAUCAACUACAGAUAAUAGCGACGGAAGCAUAAAGAAGUCAUGUUCAUGGCAUACCCUGCGCAUGAGAAAGCGGGCGGAAAAGGAAAGUGGCAAAACAGAAGCCAAUGGCCUACGUAAACCCAUGGAUAUUCUGGGCAACAAAGUCUCUGUUAAAGAGACAAACAGUUCAGAGGAGUCAGAAUGUGAUGACCUUGACCCCAACACUAGCAUGGAGAUCAUCAACCCAAAUUUCAUUCAGGAAGUUGCUCCAGAGUUUCUUGUGCCCUUAGUGGACAUCACAUGUUUGCUUGGUGACACAGUUAUAUUACAGUGUAAGGUGUGUGGACGGCCAAAACCAACCAUCAUCUGGAAAGGACCAGAUCAAAACAUUCUGGACAAUGACAACAGUACAGCUGCAUAUACAGUUUCCUCCUGUGAUUCAGGUGAAAUCACUCUGAAGAUCUGUAAUGUCAUGCCCCAGGACAGUGGUAUUUAUAUGUGUGUGGCUACAAAUGAACUUGGAACAGCAUCCACUUCUGCUACCAUCAAAGUACAAGGUGUCCCUGCAGCCCCAAAUCGCCCUAUCGCUCAGGAAAGAAGCUGCACCUCAGUGAUUCUUCGCUGGCUGCCUCCAUCUAGUACAGGGAAUUGUACUAUUUCUGGUUACACAGUGGAGUACAGAGAAGAAGGAUCACAGGUAUGGCAGCAGUCUGUUGCCUCAACUUUGGACACUUACCUUGUUGUUGAGGAUCUCACACCUGGCUGUCAAUAUCAGUUCCGAGUCAGUGCCAGCAAUCCUUGGGGAAUCAGUUUACCUAGUGAGGCCUCUGAGUUUGUGAAACUUCCAGAAUAUGACUCUGCAGCAGAUGGAGCCACUGUUACAUGGAAAGAGAACUUUGAGCUGGCAUACGCAGAGUUGAAUGAGAUUGGCAGGGGACGGUUUGCUGUUGUAAAGAAAUGUAUCCACAGAUCAACUCGGAAGGAUGUUGCAGUGAAAUUCAUCAAUAAAAAAAUGAAGAAGAAGGAGCAGGCAGCACAUGAAGCGGCUAUGUUGCAACAUUUGCAGCAUCCACAGUACAUUACUAUUCAUGAUAUCUUUGAGUCACCUUCCUGCUAUAUCUUAGUUUUAGAACUGAUGGAUGAUGGUCGUCUCUUGGACUACCUUAUGAAUCAUGAUGAACUUAUGGAAGAGAAAGUGGCUUUCUACAUAAGAGACACAACAGAAGCCUUACAAUACCUUCACAAUUGUCGGGUGGCUCAUUUGGAUAUAAAGCCAGAAAACCUGCUCAUUGAUUUGAGGAUCCCAGUGCCUCGUGUUAAGUUGAUAGACCUAGAAGAUGCUGUUCAAAUUACAGGCCAUUAUCAUGUUCACCAUCUCCUCGGAAAUCCUGAAUUUGCUGCUCCAGAGGUUAUCCAAGGGGCCCCUGUUUCACUAAGCACAGAUAUCUGGAGCCUAGGUGUGCUUACCUAUGUCAUGUUGAGUGGUGUCUCACCCUUCCUGGAUGAAAGCAGAGAGGAAACUUGCAUAAAUGUAUGCCGGGUAGAUUUCAGCUUCCCUAAUGAGUACUUCUGCGAUGUAAGCCAUGCUGCCAGAGACUUCAUUACUGUAAUCCUUCAGGAAGACUUCAGGAGGAGGCCAACGGCAGCCACCUGCUUGCAGCAUCCGUGGCUGCAGUUUCACAAUGGCAGCUAUUCCAAAAUCCCACUGGAUACCUCACGCCUGGCUAGUUUCAUUGAACGUCGCAAACACCAGUUUGAUGUGCGCCCAAUUCCCAAUGUUAAGAGUUUCAUAAUGAGCAGAAUGAACCCAGGAACAUAACACAAUACCUGACUUGACACUGGACUGUGAUAGAGUAUGGGAAGAAAGAAGGCAGAGUUUGUUUUUGUAUGCCUGUAUAAAGUAUCUUAUUUGAUGUGGCAUCCGAGAAAAUAUAAGUACUGUUCCAGCAGUUGUAUUAUCUAAGUAAUUAGAUUUAGAUGCUUUCAAGUGUUGCAUAUACAACUUCUUAGGUGGCUUAUUCUUGUUAUAAUGUCGUCAAGUUAAAUGCCAAUGACUGUUCAUAAUGACUUCAGUUGUGAAUGAGAACCAAAACACUGUUGCCUUACUUUUGAAAGGCAGCCCUAGUAUUCUUGCUGAUCAUAUUAAAAUUUAAAUAAUAGGAAGACAAGAGAAAAUAACACCAGGCUGAUCCUUAGCAGCCAGCUUUUCCUGAAAAAUAAAUUGGACUCGCUUCAGAAUUUACAAAAACCAUGGCUAUUCAUUCUAAUGAGGGACCAGAUCCUACAAGGAAGACUUCUGGUAUUCAGUAAGAGCUAGUUUUAUGGCUGAACUGUUGUUUUAUGACCCUUGUCAGCUUUGCCUGACAUGUGACUUAAGUAUACUGUAUUGAUCAAUGCUGCAGUAUGCUGUUGCCAAUAAGACCCUCUGGAUUUUACAGCACUCUUAUUAUCAAAACUAGCAUACCAGAAAAUAGCAGUGUGUUACUGAUAAGAUGGUAAACUCAUGGUAACAAAAAUAUGUUUUGAUUAAGCACAAGGAGACAAUUUUUUUACUGAAGUUUUUUAUAGCUCUUGUACAGAAAAUCUUUUGCAAAAUCUGUGUGUUGAGGAAAGGGUGUGUUAAAAUAAUUGCUGUAUCUGUAAACUAGGUGUCAAAGACAUUUUUCUAUUGGAGCUUUGAAUUAUCACAUUAUAAUGUAACAUGAAAAGAAGGUCAUUUUUAGCUUGAACAGUUAGUUGCACGGUUGUGAUAUCAAUCCAAAAUUGGCCAUAAUGAUAAAUAUAAAGGGUCCAUUCCUACAUUUUUAGCUUCAAAAUGGGUGUGUAAGAUUGGUAACUACUACAUUUAUGCAAACAUGCAUCUCUCUCCACCCCCACUAUUUUCAUCACACAAACAUCUAUGCUAGCAUUUUAUUUCUAUUCCAAAAAUGUGGUGUGCAAUCAUACAAAAAAUAAUUACAAUGAACCUUUUUAUUAACAAAAAGAAUAAUUAGUGAAUAGUUUCUUAGUUCCUUGAACGAUUUUUAAACCAAGUGAUUUUGGAAGCAAAAUUCUAAAUUAUACUGGUCUAGGGAUUAGUCUAAUAUUUUAUACCAUGGUGGAUACAAUGUUUCACGAUCCUGCUAUAUCUUAAUCCUUUAGUCGACAAUUCAUGUCUGAUUUUCUUUUCCUUUUCACUCAGCAAUGGCUAUUCUAUAAACUCUGCAGUGUAUUGAUGGACUUAGUAAUUCUUGAAGGCAUAGUUUCAUCUACCCACAUAUAUACAGACAAUGAAAUUUCCCAUUUCACUUGUUCAGAGUACUGACCCUAAGUUCUGUUUCUUUGUCUACAUUAUUGUACAAUCUUCAGAGAAGAGAUGCUCAAUUACUCAUUCAUUCCUCAUAACUAUUUAUUAAAGACACCAAAGCACUUUUAGACAAGCCUAUAUUAAGACUUGCACACAAAAAAAUCAAGGAACUCAGUCAAAGGGAAAAAAGUAACACUCCACAGCAGGCAUUUGGUUUGCUAAAUAAUGAAGAACUUCCUACAUUUGUGCACUGGCAAAGCAGGAGAUUAGUAAGAUUCUCCAUACGCCUUCAUCCAUGGCCAUCUUACCAAACAGUUUCAAGCAUUCUCUGGGAAGUUACAGCAUUGUCUCUUCUCACUCUAUGUCAGUGGUAGGAUAGAGAAGAGCAGGGGCUCUCCUGUCAGAGCUGAAAGGCAAAAUCCUGUGGGCGAGCAGAAAGUUUCCAAAGUUCUAGCAUAUUUUGCUACUUUUUAUGUCAGUUUCCUAACCAAUGUUUUUUGCAAGGGCCCAGUGGAAGAAAAUGAAGUUUAUGCUUAUUCUAAUAGUACGCAACUUACUUUUUAACGUAACUGUUAGAUCAUGAAGAUGUUUUAGCAUCUGCAACUACUCUGCCCUUAAAACUGUUUGACAACCUGUGGUUAGUGUCAGCCACUCUGGACUCUGAAAAUAUCCUAGCUGUUGCAUUUUGACCAGUUGAAGUUUCCAAACUGUUUUCAAAAGUAGCACCACAAAGAAUGUAUUAGAGCAAUUUAACUUGGAUAUGAUCAGAGCAUGGAUCACUGUGAUCAGAUCAUAUAGGAUCCCUCUGGCUGCCAUGGUAUGUAAGCAUUUGUGAACCAGGGAAAAUACAAACUGUGUCCUGGAUAUUGUCCAGCAAUUCUGACAUGGGCCAAAAUAAACUAGUAUAGUCAUGUACCAGUUACUGUGUAAUCACUACCAGUUGAUGCAAAUGCCUAAAUCUCUGAAGCAAAUGUAUGGACAGAGUUCUGAAGUACCAUACGAUACACCUCUGCUAUUGAGCUUGGGAGAAACUUGGUAUCUACCUAUCUGAAGGUAUUCCCUCAUUUAUGUUUUAAAGCAACUCAUGUUCUGAUUGUAAAACUGACAUUGGCCAGAACAUAUGUUAAAAUUGCCUCACGUUUGAUUUAUCAAUGCUGAUACAGAGUAGCUCAAAAUCUAUGUAUGGCUUUUGUACAUAAAUAUAUUGAAUAAUGUUUUAUACGUUAAAUAGUUUUUAGAGAAGCAACUUAGGAAAAGCUGAGAACUUUUCUGCUGAGUGUGAAAAGAACAUAAUUUAUUGAGAUGACCUGUCAAAUCAAACAUGAAAUAAUCCUGGAACUUAAGUGUCCAAUGCUAUGGAUUCUUGAAAGAGUCUGUAUUCAGUGCUAUAGGAUUUGCUAAUAAUGCUAACAUCAUCACAUCUAUGAGAUAUGUUUAAUGUCUAUGAUCCCAUCAGUAUGGCUGAACUAGAACAACUCUGGGUAUUGAUGAAGACCAGUGUUUUUUUCACACUGAACUUUGCUAUUCUGUUUAGCAUUUAUUUCAAAACAGGAAAAGGAUAUUACUGUACAACUAGUUUACAACUAUUAGUUUACAACUAAGAAUAUGAAAAUUCAUUAUUUUCUGGAUUGCUUGGAAAUAUAUGCCACUUAAAUCAAUGGGAUUUUAUCCCCAAGUCAAUCUAUUUCCUUCUACCCAAAACAGUCUGCAAAUAUAUUGAUAGUUUACAUGAAGUUUUCCUGAUGGAGCCCCUAUAGACUUACUUAGAGGUGUCGUGAACAGUCAAGCCAGAAGUGACAAAAUCAAGAUAUAAGGUGUGGUAAAUGGACACAUUGGUUCAACCAAAAACAAAAAACAAACCCAGUAUUGAAGUAAGAAGUGGAGUUUAAAAC